AAUUAAUAAAAUUGUGCACCAACAAAGAGAAGAAGAAGAAGAGAGAGUGUGCGUAAAAUUGAAUCAAUCAGAUACGAUUGCUCCGCCGUCGAAACCCGUUGCAGCCAAUCAAUAAUCAGCACUGAUCGGCCCCGACCAAUCUCCGCCGUCGAUCCUGGAACCCGGUGAUCGGAGACUUCCACCGGAAGAGCUUUAACAUAAUAUGAAUUCAGUGAAUUUUUAUUUAAUAUUUUUGGGGAUUUUUUUCAUAGGGGGGUUUUGAAAUUCCUACUGUGAAAGUUCGGUUAUCGGAGAAUCUGGUUCUGGGUUGUGUUGGGUUUUCCGAGAGCAUUGGUGGGUCGGAGAGGGUAUUUUGGGGAUUGGACUGAUGCUGGACUUUAGGGAAGGUCGGUGCGUGAAGGGGUGAAAAGGUUGGGGUUUUGGGGGUAGAGGUAGGUUAGGGUUAGGGUUUGGUAAGGUUGGUUGUGAUGGAGGGGAAUAAUACUGAGCUUGAAGAAGGCGAGGCUCCUUGCAAUUACAAGGAUGAUGACGAGGGAAACCUUGACCCGGACAACGAUCUCUCUUACAUUGAUGAGAGAAUUCAGAAUGCUCUGGGCCAUUUCCAGAAGGAUUUUGAGGGCGGGAAUUCUGUUGAGACUUUGGGGGCAAAAUACGGUGGGUAUGGCUCUUUUUUACCAUCCCAUGAAAGGUCUUCGUCCAUUUUGUCUCAUCCAAGGACCCCACAGAUAAACUACAACGCAUCAAGAUCUCCUAAAAGUUUAACAGAGGGUGCCCCUCAGAAUCUGAAAUCUUAUUCAAAAGCAGCCCCAAAUGUGAGGCUUGGAACUGCUAACAAUGCUCAUUUGUCACAUAAUUCAAGGGUCCUCCCUGGAGAUAUUUCAGUUAAACGGAAUUCAUGCCUGCCUUUUGCACAAGUAGCUGAGGGAUGUUCCUUGAAAGAUGAAACUUCAAACAGACAGGGGAAUCCAACUGAUCAAAGGACACUGAAGGUUCGAAUCAAAAUGAACCCUGAUAACACGGUUCGGAAGAAUGUAGCAAUAUAUAGUGGUCUUGGACUUAGCUCUCCAUCUUCAUCUUCGGAGAACAGCCCUGAGGAAUGUAAGGAGAUGAUACCUCCAUCUCAAGUGAUUGUGGAUGACACUACCACUAACAUUAUUCAGGUUAUGACUUCCUUCCCUGUUCUUGGUGAUGCAUUGUUAUCACCACUCCAUGACAGUUUGCUUUGCUUAGCAAGAAAGACAAGGCUUUAUCAACAAAAACCAGUGCCUUCAUCUAAGGGUCAUCAAGAACAUUCAUCUUUGUCUGUAGAUGACACUGUUUUCACACAGGGGAACGCCAAAGUGUCAGAGGAGAUAAAAAUGAAAGUAUCCAGGAAGGGUGAAAGUCCGGUAGCACUGAAGCUUGAGAAUGGUAUCAAGAAUAACACGAAAAUUAUCAUGAAAAAGAAAUCAGAAGCUGGGAGUCGAGAAGACAAGGAGCAUGUGCCCAAUGACUUGAAAGCGACACCUUUGUCCAAUUCAGUAUUUGUUGGUAAUUGUUUGAAAGUGAUUGGUAAGACACCUGAAGCUUCCAGGGAGGCCAAUGAGAAUGAGGUGAAAGGAAAAUUAUCUUCCUCUGAAUUAGUGAAGGAAGAGUCAUUUGAGUUGAUAUCUAAUCAGGAUUUUCCAGUUGAUCUCAGGGAUGAUGUCAAGUGCAAGGGUUACAAGAUUUCAGCCGCAAAAGAUGAUUCUGAUGUAUACAAAUGCAAGGAAGAGCAUGACCUGCCCAAACGCAAUGCUGGUAAGAAAGGUCCAUCAUGUGAACAAGCAAAAACUAAUGUGCAUAGCAAGAGAGCAAAGCUAUCUUCUGAGGGCAAGAUCAAGUCAAAGGAAAAUCAAACCAAUGAAAAGCCACCUAAUAUUUCAACAAAGGAACGCAUGGAGUUUGAAAUAGGUGUAUUACCAACAGAUAAAUUGAGUGGAGGUCAUGGUGUUUGUCCAUCUGAUAUAAAAAUUCAGAAGUCAAAGUCAAAGAAGGAUAAGGUCAGUGGUAAUCAAAGAGUCUCAGUGUGGGGCAAAAGAUUGGAACAAAGGGAUAAAGUGGAUCUAGCAGAAAGACCUGCUGCUGAUAUUGAUAUAAAAGGGAGGGCAUGUUUGGAUAAACCAAAGGAAAAAUUGAGUGGCAAAAAGUCCGAGAAUAGGUUACUGUCAAAAGAUGCUCCCAUUCUGUGCCAACGAACAAAGGAAAAUGGACUGGCUUUGGAGCUCGUACCUGCAGCUGCAGCUCCUGUCAUUAUAGCAGAAGAUUGGGUGUGCUGUGAUAGUUGUCAUACGUGGCGGCUUCUACCCUACGGUACUAAGCCGGAGCAACUCCCUGAGAAGUGGUUGUGUAGCAUGCUUAAUUGGCUGCCCGGGAUGAAUCAAUGUGACAUAAGUGAAGAGGAAACAACCAAAGCACUCUAUGCAUUAUACCAGAUGCCAUCUUCAGAAGGUAUAAAUAAGCUGCAGACUCAUGCUAAUGGAACAGCAUCUGCAGUACUUGCAGUUGAUGCCCUACAUUAUGAUCAGAAUCUCAGUUCUCAUGCCAUGUCUAAUCAAGGGAAGAAGAUACAUGGUUCAAGGGAAAUACCAAAUGCAGGUAAUGGAAGUGGUCUCUUGAACUCUACAAAGAACCACCUGCAAGUAGCUGUAAAAAGAAUAAGCUCAAAUGACAUAAACCAGCCUCCUUUAGAAUCAAAUCUGAUAAAGAAAUCUAGUUCUCGACAUAUGAGCAAGCUGCAAAACUUGGGAAUUGAAAAAAGCAUACCUAAGCAGAAGGAGAAGCAAACAAGUGGAGGUAAUGCCAAGGUAGUAAGAUUGAAAAACAAGGAGGAUGAUCAGCAUACAUUUGGAACUUCUAAGAAACCGAAGAGAGGAGAUAUGGGGCAAGCUGAUAAGAACCCGAAUUCUAAUGUUGACGUUGGAAAGGUUUGUGUCGGUUCAAGUGCUGGUUUGUUAACCCAGGCACGUGGUCAGGACGCCAAAUACAAUGACCUCUGUCAUUCUGAAGACACAAAGGAUGUAGCCAAGCCUGCCAAGUACAAAUUACAAGUUUCUGCAAAGAAAUUGAAAGACCAAAUUCAGGUCUCCUUGCAUGGUGGGGCUUUGGACGUGAGAACAGGUACUAGAGAUAGUUCCAUGAAGAAAAGAAAGAUGAGAGAGUGGCAGGAUUCUCAGAAUAAUGUGGAGACAUUUCAAGAUUUUGGGCAUGAAGGGAAGGUAUGUACCAAGGAGGAAAAUGGUGAAAGCGGAUAUCGGAAGGAGAAGAAGUCCAGGAUUCUGAAGUCUGAUCGUAAAGAGUCUAGUACUAGCAAUGGAGAUGAUAGAUCAAAUAGAAAAAGCAGAGCAACCCAGAUUGUCAUGUCAGGCACCAAAGUUCAUUCAAUUCAUCUUGCGGAAAAGGAUAGGGGUAUUGUAAAAGACCAGCAACCCAAGAAACAUAGUAAAAAGAACGCAUCUCAACAAACAUUCAAUGGUGUAAAUUUAUUGGGAAGGGAUUUGGGAUCCGGGCAUGUUUCUUUGGCUGCCACUUCAAGCUCUUCAAAGGUUUCAGGUUCCUAUAAAACUAGAGUUAACUUUGAAGAAGUAAAAGGCUCACCUGUAGAAUCAGUUUCUUCAUCUCCUUUGAGGACCUCCAAUGCAGACAGGCUUACUUCAGCAAGGGGAGAUGCUUUGGGGAUAGAUGAUUCCGCUUAUGGUGGUUUUCCUUUAACAAAUAAUUCCGAAAGAUGCUGGGGCGGGGAUGGAACUGGUAACAUUGAUAGAUUGGGGACAACCAAGAAGGAAUCAAUUUUGUGUAGUAGUCAUACUGAAUCCCAUAAAUUUUCAUUAGUAGGCUACCAGGAUGGAGAUGCCAAUGGUGAAUUCAAUGUCACUGCCAAACCUUCUUGUGAAGUUUGGAAUAGCCAUUUGCUCAGUGGUAAUGAUGAUGGUUUGGAAAAUGGUCAGUGCCUCAGUAAUCAGCAUGUCAUGAAUCAUUCACAUGAAGAUGAUAGAGAGAACAAGAACCACUCUGGAGAUGCUGUUUGUGUGCAAAAAUCUGGCAAGGGUUCCUGUUUGCAGUCUAAGGACAUUGUUAGAAGUGGCACUUCUAAUUUGGAUAGGAACAGGAUGAAGGUUUCUGAUCCAGUGAAUGAUUACUUGAAGAAGAGUCAAAGAUAUGUGUCUGAGAUGGAACCCAAUUAUGUUCAUGAAAAAGGGAAUAAUAUUAGACACGAUCUUCCUGAUAAGUGUAGCACUAAGUGGGUUGAGGUCAAGGAUGAAAACUAUCAUAUUGGUAGGGGGGAUAAUGCAGGACAUGGGUCAAGUGACAGUGGAGUGGAAACUCAACUAAAACGAAAGGACUAUGAUGUGUCAGAUGUGAAGUUUAGUUCUACACAGGGCCCUAAUAGGAAGGGCGCCCUGCAACAGAACCUGAUUCAGAAUCAUGAGGGCGGUCAGAUGCAACAUGAGUCAAGAUGUGGGAAACCACAAUUGUUUUCACAUUGCCAAGAUGAAAGGAAAGAAGAAACACCAUCUCUUUGCCCCCAACCUAUUGCAGCAUCUGAGAGAGUAGAAGUGUUUCAAGGGCUUCCAGUUGAUACCGUUGUCAGUGGUGAUGUGCCAAAGUCACUAAAGCAGGCUGGGACUGCUGCUAACAAGAAUGGAGUUAAUUUCAAUUUAGUACAUCUCAUGCCUGAUCAACAGAGAGCAUUAGAUGUCAGUGCGCCAAGUCCUGUGAGAAACUCCUCAGGCCAAACUACUACUAAUACCUUGAUAGAAGCCAAGAGGCUUAGAGACUAUGCUGAUUAUCUUAAGAACUCUGGGUUUGAUUUUGAAAGUAGUGAGGCUUAUUUUCAAGCUGCCCUGAAGUAUCUCCAAGGAGCUGUGCUUUUAGAAAGUUGCAGUAGUGAGAAUGGCAAACAUGGAGACAUAACUACGUUGCAAGUGUACAGUACUACAGCUAAACUUUGCGAAUUAUGUGCCCAUGAAUAUGAAAGCCGCAAAGAAGUGGCUUCUGCUGCCUUGGCCUAUAAAUGCAUGGAGGUGGCAUACAUGAGGGUGGUUUACUGUAAACAUUCUAGUACAAACAGAGAUCGGCGUGAGUUGCAAGCGACUUUCAAUAUGGCUCCUCUAGGUGAGUCUCCAUCGUCUUCUGCAUCAGAUUUAGAUAACUUGAACAACCAAUUGAUGGCAGAAAAGUCUAUAUUGUCCAACGGAGCUGGUUCUCAUGUUUUUGGAAACCAUGUUGUUGCUGCUCGUAACCGCUCUAAUUUUGUCAGGCUGCUUGACUUUACACAGGAUGUAAAUUUUGCAAUGGAAGCCUCAAGGAAAUCCCAGAAUGCUUUUGCAGCUGCUUGCACAAAACUGGGAGAUGCACAUAAGAAUGGUUCUAUUUCUUCUAUUAGGAGGGUCAUGGAUUUCAGCUUCCAAGAUUUAGAGGAGCUUAUCCGUCUGGUUAAGCUUGCAAUGGAGGCCAUAAGUCGAUCCAAAUUUGGUGGUGCCAGAGAUUAAGUCAACCCUGUAUAUAUUGAACGUUUUCAUGAUUUCUCUCCUAAGAAGGCAGGCAUCAGGAAAAAAAAGGAGAAAGGAUGCCCGCCUGGACCUUCACUUGAAAAUUUUCAUAGAAGGCUGGUUUCUGACAGUUCAUUACUCUUCUGUACAUGUGUACAAAGUGAGAUUGAUUACCAAUUUUUGUAAUGUAUUUUUUUGCAAGUUAAGUCUAUUUUUGACACCGACAAGGGCACAUCAUGCUCAGCCAUAAGUUUUCAUGGGUUGGGAAAAGAGGAAUUAAUUGUUCGGGAGCACAGCUCGGAGAUAUUGUAAUAGUUCAGUUAUAUAUGUUUUUUUGGGCUCCUGUAGUUUGGAGCUUGAGGGUUUAAAAAAUGUCUAUAGGGAUUUGAAGAAUAUUCUUAGGCAACCAUUUUGAGAAGGUUGAAUACUGAUAUUGUGGUGACUGGUCAAUGCUCUAUCAAGCAUUUAUUUUGUUUUAUUAAAAUUUUGAUGGAAUGCAAACCAAAUUCUUGGGCAAGGUUCCCCUUAUACUUGUAGAAAAAAAGCUUAAGCUUUUGUUGAUUGUGCCAGCUUUCCAAGGACCGACGCAUGAAUGAAAUCUUCAGGUAUGUAAUAUUUUACUUCACUUUAAUGGCAACAAGGGAGGAGUCGUUCGAGUAAUGUAUUUAUCAAUAUGUUGAAGUUACCUUGGAACUUUUUUAUGUUGGUGUAGGUGAUAAUCAAAGAACUUUGGUUGAGCAACCCCUGAGAAGUUCAGACUUGUGACCUACGUGGUGGAGUACACUCUAGGACCAUCGCUGCAUGUGAGUUCAAGACUUCCAAGUGUAAGAAAAGCAGGUUUUCAAAUGUUUUUCUAUUGCAAGAAUUACCCUAUAUUAUUCAUGUGUUGUUCUAAUAAUAAAUUUUUCCUUGUAUGCGGUAGGAUGUGUCAGUUUACUUCUGCAUCAAUAACUUGUGCUUUGAUGUGUACACAUGAAAUUGUUUUCGCAAUUCAUGCUAUCUACUUGUGAUACACUGAGAUUUAAGAGUUGAAGUUCUAUAUCUAGUUUCAAAAAUUUACAAGGGGUUCUUUUUUCUCGGUUGGAGUUGUUGCUCACGAGUAACUUAGAAAUAUAAUUUUCCUUUCUGUGGGAAAAGGCUUUGUUGUUGUUGUUUUUGGUUUAUGUUAAGCUUGCAGUUUGCUAUUCUAUUAUCAGUAAUAAUAUCUUAUGCUGUGGUUCAUGAGCCGUGACUGUAGUUUCAGUUCAAAUGGUCCUGGUGUUGGUCAGACUGGUUUGCUUAUUGCAUCAACUGAGUGAACAUACUCAUUUUUUCCGUGGCACUCAACUUGUUGGUUUUCAUGCUACUUUCACUUGUAUUCCAUGUGGUGUCAUUCAUUGUUUUGCAAGCUUGUAUUUUGCCAAUGUCGCCAUUGAUUGUUGAGUUAUCAGCGUUAGAUUUACAAUGAGCGAAUGAGGUUCUACCAAUUACGUUUCGCAAAAUUGUAGAUCUAUCCAUGUUGGUGAUUGAUAUGGCUGCUUUAUAUUGAAUUUCAGUGCACAACAAAUUUAAAUGGCUGAGUUCCGUUUUGAUAUGUUUAGCGAUAAAGUUUUGUAGAGGCAGCCAUGCUUAAGGGUGUUCAUACCUGUGUACACCACUUUCAGUAACCACUCUCCCAUAAUUCCAUGGUGGUGUUGCUCUCUCUCUCUCUCUCUCAGUUGAUUGUUAUUCUGGCAGCUUAUAUACGAAUAGUUCUUUCUGUUAUUUUUAAACGUAGUAAGAUAACAGUCUUUCUUCUGUGAUGUAGGUGUAGUACAUCAGUCGUGCUAGAUAGGCAAGCUUUUUCUUGAUUUGAUUCUUGCCUUGAAACGUUAAAUAUGUAGAUUUGAAUUAAUAUCUAGUUUUGUUCUUUUAUGAUGAGGAAGCCGGAUACUUUCCACAGUAUACAGGUUUUAUCGAAUCAGUGUUACUCUACCGGUUUUGAUUGGGUGCUGACUUUGGUCGCUGGCAGCAGCAGGUGCUGGUUAUUUACAUGUAUUUUCUGUUUCUCUUGUUUUUCUUUUUACUCCAACAUUGAGUAUUCUUUUCAGUGUUGCCUCCAGGAUUUGUGCACUAUUUAUCGUACAUAAACAAUAACGAUUAAAGUAAUAAUACAGCUAUCAGCAUUUUUGCA